AUGGGCUUCCAAGACUAUUGCCUUCGGUGCUCUGAAAAUCUGCAGGCUUUCAACAUUCUGCUGAUCUGUAUGGCAUCCCCAACACCACUGUUAACACUAAAGAAAGAGUUCAAGAAGAAACCAGCGUUCAAGAGAUAUCACUCUGACAGAUAUAUGAGAGUUAAGGAGUCAUGGAGGAAGCCAAGAGGUCUUGAUUCAAGAUGUAGAAAGAAAUACAACGGAACACCGGUGAUGCCCAAUAAGAGAUUUAUUAAGCCGGCUCUCUUUAAACAGACGGUUUUGUGCUACAGUUGCCCAUUCUGUAGGUGCAAGGACAAGAGUUCAAUUAAUAAACGAGGCUCGUCUUCUGGGAAUAGUUGUGACCAAUGA